AUGAGUUACGAUCGCGAAAUUGAAGACUACCUCACCGAAUUAAAAAAUGACAUUUCCGUUGGUCGGACGGAGAUUGAUCAGAUGAAACAGACCAAAGGGGAUGAGCAUGUGAACCGUUACAAUCAGACAAAGCGUCGUUUUGAGCAUGCCCGUAAUAUCUUAGCGACUCUCAAAAUUGAAACGCGGAAGUUAGAAAAAGUCAAUGCCACGUUGUCGUCGAAAUUAAAAGAUGAUGUCAAACAGCUAGAGACGGACCUCAACUUGGCUUCCAAACAAUUAACUUCGCAACUCUCAAAUGACAAGAAGGAAGUCAAUGUCGACGAUUUGAAUGCCGACGAAGCCAUUAAUAUGGGGCUACAAUUACAAGAAGAGGAUAAAGGGCAUUUGGAUAAUGCUAUAGCUCAAUUGGAUGAAGCAAAGACUAUGGGUGGGACUAUCUCACUUCAAUUGGAUCAACAGAAUGAACAGUUGGACCAUUGUAUCAGUGUCGUCGAUGAGAUCGACUCACAACUCGAUAUCGCAAAUAAAGAACUCAACGGGAUCGCUAAAAGAUUGGCGACUGAUAAAAUCAUUAUGGUCCUCAUCAUCCUCUGUGUUGUCGUUAUCAUCCUUUGCUCACUCCUUUAUAUCUUCUUUGGAUAA